AUGACUGUCUGUCCUUUCAACGCACGUAUGCUGGCAUCAGAAGCAUCCAUCGAGGACCUGAUGGUGCAAGCACAGAAGAUCAACUAUGACAUCAUUGGUCUGACUGAAACGAAAAGGCAUCAAUCAUAUCACACCAUUUUCAACACUGGAGAACUAUUCCUUGGAACAUGCAACAACAGAGGCAUCAAUGGUGUCGGUGUCCUUGUCAACACAAACUUGGCCAUGAGCAUUGAUUCAUUCGAAUGGGUUCGGCAGGGUGAUACCAUUCCACCGAAACUCUUCAGUGCCACCCUUGAGAACAUCAUGCAAAGACUGGAAUGGGAAGGAAUGGGAGUGAAGAUAGAUGGUCGGCAACUGCACCACCUCCACCUCGCUGAUGAUAUUGUUCUCAUAACACCAAACAUUAGCCAAGCAGCACAAAUGCUGGCUGACUUGGACCGCAAGUGUGGAAAGGUCGAAAUGAAGCUGAAUCUCACGAAGACAAUGUUCAUGAAAAACGAACUAGUCCCUGACGUUCCAUUUGCUCUCAAUGGAAUGAACAUCUCCAAAUGCAGCAGCUAUGUGUACCUGGGUCGAGAACUCAACAUGAGAAACGACUUGGUGCCAGAACUGUGCAGGAGGAAGAGAGCAGUUCUGGAAGGAGAAAAACUGUCCCGUCCCGUGGGACUAAGUUAUUCCAGGGUCUGA